AUGUGUAGAGAGUACUGUACUGACGCGCUCGUCCGUCGUGGCAGCAGCGGUUACCGCUCAGCGACGACUUCCUCUGGCUCACAGGUGCCCUUCGAACGUGCACAGCUGGCUUGUCACUGCUGCGCUCCUUCCGGUUCCAUCCGCUUCGCCAACACUCUCGCCCUUCUCACUGCCGCACGCCGCACAUGCAACAGCUCGCCCGGCAGCAUUUUUAUCGCCUGGCAAGACCUUUCGCCCAAACCUCUUCGCCCGCCCUUUCUCUCGCUUUGUCCGCGCUUGAGCUUCGCGAGGCAGCUCUUCAGGCUCGCUGCCUCUGUGUUCUGCUACGACCGUCGCUAG